AUGGCCCCUUCCCCCGUUUACAUCCUCUCGGCGGUCCGCACGCCGGUGGGCAUGUUCCAAGGCUCGCUCGGCAGCCAGACCGCCAUUCAACUCGGAGCCCACGCCAUCAAGUCCGCGGUGGAGCGAUCGGGCAUUGCACCCACGGAAGUGGAAGAAGUCUUCUUCGGUAACGUCCUCUCCGCCAACCUGGGCCAGAACCCGGCCCGACAAUGUGUCAUCCACGCGGGCCUGCCCGAGUCCACGGAAGCCACGACGAUUAACAAGGUCUGCGCCUCGUCCAUCAAGGCCAUUUCCUUGGGCGCGGCCACCAUCCUCACCGGCGAGGCCGAUGUCGUGGUCGCGGGCGGCACCGAGAGCAUGUCCAACACCCCCCACUAUCUGCCCAACAUGCGGCUGGGGGCGAAGUUUGGCGAUCAAAAAUUGGUGGAUUCGGUGUUAAAAGACGGUCUGACGGAUGCCUACAAGAACGAGCACAUGGGUCUGUCGGCUGAGGAAUGUGCCGCGGACCACGGCUUUGGCCGACAAGAGCAGGAUGACUAUGCCAUCCGGAGCUACAAGAAAGCCAUUGCUGCAGACGAGGCCGGAUGGUUCCGCGAGGAGAUUGCUCCCGUCACCAUCAAAGGGACGCGAGGGAAGCCCGACACGGUGGUGGAGAAGGAUGACGAGCCCAAAAAGUUCAACGAAGAGGCCACCCGCAAGCUUCGACCCGCCUUCAAGCCCGAGGGCGGUACCGUCACCGCCGCCAACGCCUCUCCUCUCUCCGAUGGUGCCGCAGCGGUGGUGCUCGCCAGUGAGGCCUACGUCAACAAGCACAACCUCAAGCCCAUUGCCAAGAUUCUCGGCUGGGGUGACGCCGCACAGAGUCCCUCCAAGUUCACCACCGCACCGGCCCUGGCCAUUCCCAAAGCCCUCAAACAUGCCGGGCUCAAACAGGAGGAUAUCGAUGCGUGGGAGAUCAACGAGGCCUUUUCCGUCGUCGCCCUCUCCAACAUGAAACUGCUGGGUCUCAGCGAGGACAAGAUCAACAUCCAUGGUGGUGCCGUUGCAUUGGGUCACCCUCUGGGAGCAAGUGGUGCUCGGAUUGUCACAACAUUGAUUGGUGUUCUCCGCGAGAAGAAGACCAAGAUUGGCUGUGCCGGAAUCUGCAAUGGGGGCGGUGGUGCCAGCGCCAUUGUCAUUGAGCGUCUCGAUUGA